CACCACGGGGGCUUGAGGGGAAGCUGGUGUUCCGGGUUGGGGCUGCAGGGAGUGCUAGGGAGUUUCUGAGCACCCUUGCUUUGGCGUAGCAAAGGGCAGUGGAAUGGGGACCUUCUCAAGCUUUCACCCCCAGCCACCCUAAGACUUGGGCGUGGCGCAUCAGGGCCUUGGUGGGAGGGCUCCUCCUGCCUCCCUGCGGUGCAAGAAAUCUCUUCCUCCCCAGAGCACUCUAAGCUGCAGGUCCGGUGAGCUGCCAGGGCUGGAAUGUGGUAGAGAAAACUUCAAUUGCUUUUGACCUUUUAUUUUUCAGGCUGCACCCAGAGAGGCUGCCUUUGGUUGCCGGGAGCCUUUGCACUGGAACUUCUGUUCCUGUUGUCUUCCAGAAACAGCCUGUGAUCUGGGAGGUAGAAGGUAAGAUCAGGAGGAGCCCAGCCAGAGCUCUAAGGCUGAGGCCCCCGGAACCCAGAGAUGCCUCACUCCAGCCUGCACCCGUCCAUCCCACAGCCCAGGGGUCACAGGGCCCAGAAGGCAGCCUUGGUCCUGCUGAGUGCCUGCCUGGCAGCCCUCUGGGGGCUAGGGGAGCCGCCAGACCACAUUCUCCACUGGCUGGUACUCCACCUGGCCUCACUGCAGCUGGGGCUGCUGUUGAAGCGUGCCUGCAGUCUGGCGGAAGAGCUGUGCCACAUCCACUCCAGGUACCAGAGCAGCUACUGGAGGGCUGUGCAGGCCUGCCUGGGCUGCCCCAUCCGCGGUGGGACCCUGCUGUUACUGUCCUGCUAUUUCUACUACUCCCUCCCAAACAAAAAUGGCCUGUCCUUCAUUUGGAUGCUUGCCCUCCUGGGCCUCUCACAGGCACUGAACAUCCUCCUGGGCUUCCAGGGCCUGGCCCCAGCUGAGGUCUCUGUAAUCUGUGAGGAAAACAACUUCAACGUCGCCCAUGGGCUGGCAUGGUCAUAUUAUACUGGGUACCUGCGGCUGAUCCUGCCAGGGCUCCGGGCCCGGAUCCAAGUUUACAAUCAGCUCCACAACAACGUACUAUGCGGCGCAGGGAGCCAUCGGCUGCACAUCCUCUUCCCAUUGGAUUGUGGGGUGCCUGACGACCUGAGUGUGGCUGACCCCAACAUUUGCUUCCUGCAUGAGCUGCCCCAGCAAAGUGCUGACCGUGCUGGCAUCAAGGGUCGGGUUUACACCAACAGUGUCUAUCGGCUUCUGGAGAACGGGCAGCCGGCAGGCGCCUGUGUCCUGGAGUAUGCCACCCCCUUGCAGACCCUGUUUGCCAUGUCACAGGAUGGCCGAGCUGGCUUUAGCCGGGAAGAUCGGCUUGCGCAGGCCAAACUCUUCUGCCGGACACUUCAAGACAUCCUGGCAGAUGCCCCUGAGUGUCAGAACAACUGUCGCCUCAUUGUCUACCAGGAACCUGCAGAUGGAAGCAGCUUCUCCCUGUCACAGGAGAUUCUCCAGCACCUGCGGCAGGAGGAAAGGGAGGUUACUGUGGGCAGCGCGGAGACCUCGGUGGUGGCCACUUCCUCCACUCUGUCCCAAGACCCCCAGCUCCUCAUCAGUGGCAUGGAACAGCCUCUCCCACUCCGCUCGGAUGUCUUCUGAGGCCCAGGGUCACCUUGCCUGAGCCCCCAGCGAUUCCCAAGACUCUAGAUUGGGGGCUUUCUUCAACAACUGGAUUCCCAGCAGAAUCGUUUCCUCUCACAGGAGGCCUCUCAGAGAAGGUCCCUGGACUUGACAUCUCAAGAAGAGCCCUAUGACCUUGGGCAAGUUGUUUCACCUCUCUGAGCCUCAGUGUCCUCAUCUAUGAAAUGGGAUUAUAAUCACGGCCUACAUACCUCACAGGGUUGUUGUGAGGAUUAUGACGGCAUGGAAGUUUUUUGUAAACUCUAAAUGCCAAGUAAACUUAAGGGAUGUGCCAAGUGUCUUCCAUUGGGCCUUCUGGACCUACUCUCCACCCUUCUCCUCCUCUGCCCUGGAAUCACAUCAACAGGCUCCAUUGCCCUCUGGCCUCUGGAUCAUGUUCUGUCAACAGAGAACCCUAGUGGAGGGAAGGAGGAGGGUGAGUUUGGGCCGUUUAUUCUCCCAGCUCCCUCCCUGUGGUAUCAAGGUCACUGUGGGCUUUGGGCAUCUGUCCACCUAAAGUCACAGCUUGGAGACCCUCUCCAUAACUCUGUGUAUCUCCAGGUUCUGGUAACUGCUUCCUCCCCCUGCCCCUUCAGGCCUAGCAGGGGUACUGGCUCCCCUGAUGCUCAUCAUGGAGCUCUCACUUUCACUUGCGGUUUCCUUAUACCUGCUCUUUCUAAAUAGACCCCUUUUUAAACACGC